UAAAAUAGGAGGCAUAUGAGCUCACGGAGAAUGUUCAAUACAAUUAUCUUAUCCGGGUUAGCUCCAGACUACCAAAGAGAGUAAAGAACAAUUAGAAAAAGAAAAUGAAACUUAUAUCCAAUCCAACAAACAACUCCGAGUGGAUAUCAACAAAGUCCUUCAAACCUUAGAAUCAAAGCAAGAGCUACUAGAAUCUACGAAAAAGUCAUCACAAUCAAUGGAGAACAAAGUAAAGCAAUUGAAAGAUGAAGCACUGGCGGCUAGGAAAGAGUUGGAUGAAUUAAAACAAAAGGAAAAAACAUUCCAAACAGAAAUAUGUAAUAUAAAGACACUGAAAGAAACUCAACGACAGCAGCAAGUAGCACUUCAGUCAUCCAUAGACAAAUCCCAGGCGGAUUUUGAUAAAGAAAUGAAUAUGCUGCAAGAUUUAUUAGAUACACUCAUCCAUAGUAUAGACAAUAUGAAAGCGAGGGAUAUCCAAAAAGAGACAGAAACACUCUUUGCAAUUCAACUCUCGGAAAGAAAUGAUCUAUUUACCCAACUGAAAAAGAAACAAGAAGAGUUAAAGGCUGUGGAUCAGCAAUUUAUUGAUGACAUCAGAGACGAACUAAGAGAUUUAACAGAUCAAAAUAAUAAUGAUAAUAGAACACUGCUAGACGAAGUGGCAAACAGUAGGGAAGGAGCCAAUGCGCUCAUUGAACGUAUAAAAACAACAGCUUCAUCCUUAUUAAUAAACGAAGAACGUUAAGAAACUCAAAUUUUAAUAAUUCUAAAAUUCGACAUAUUGUAAAUU